AUGUGUGUUAGUGUAACAAUAUCUCGAGGCCAAAAGGAUAGCAUCCCUCCAACUCCAACAUCCGGUUUCGACAACCCAAGAACAACAGUGGUGAUAUACAAUGAUCUUGGGGGUCAUCUGCCAUUGAGAUACCAUUGUAAAUCAAAAAAUGAUGAUCUUGGAGACCGGAAUAUGGCGGUAAAUGGAACUUGGUCAUUUGAAUUUAGACCGAGUGUUUUUGGAGGAACUUUGUUUUUUUGCGGUUUUAUAUGGGAUAAGGAGUUGCAUUGGUUCGAUAUCUACAAACAGAGUAGAGACAGAGAAUUCGCCGAGUUUGGAUGUAGAAGAUGCGAAUGGAAGAUACGCAAAGAUGGACCUUGCAAAUUGAACAAGAACAGUAAUAUGUUUGAUGUUUGUCUUCCUUGGAAUUCUCAAUCGCUUUAA